AUGCCACGCGUUCUUUACAGUCUAGGCGGGCACGGGCCACCCCGCCAAAACAUAAAUACUUUCGAAAUCCCCUCCAACUUCCUCUUCUUUCCUCUCCAGUCCAAGUGUGCCAAAACGCCUCGCUGUCGCGUCUCUCACCAACACCGAGACAGGCGCCAGUGUUCGCCUUUGAGUGCUCUCAUUGCUGGGAAAGAGAGAGGACCGCAUUUGACGACGUUGCUCGCCUUUGCCAGCGCCCAAAGUCGAGCCACUCUUUGUUAUCCCUGUCGCCGCGCCCUUCUCCAAAGCACCCAGACGAGCGCGUACCGCCACGACGAAGGUCCUGGUGUCUUUGCGUACGAACGCCUAUCCACAAACACAUCCGCCCUCACGAUCUCGAUCCCUCCCGCCGUCGCAAUAUCAUAUGCCAGCUAA